AUGAAUGCUAUGGAUGAUUUUAAUCAGAUGAUUUCUUCUUGCAAUCUAACAGAUAUUGGUUUUUCUGGCAACUCCUUCACUUGGAACAGAAAUAACCUGUGGCAAAGACUUGACAGGUUACUUUUCAAUAAUGAUUGGAUUGGUAAAUUUAAUAUGACUAGUGUUCAUCAUUUGAGCAGAACUCUUUCUGACCACUCUCCGUUGCUUCUUUCUAUUUCUAAUAGUGAUUUGACGGGCCCUGUGGCUUUUAGAUUUCAAAAUAUGUGGAUCAAGCGUGAUGGGUUUUUUAAUGUUGUGUCUGAUAACUGGAAUGCGUUGGUUUUUCCUGAUAAUAAUAUUCAAGGUAUGAAUAGAUUAUGGGCUAAAUUAAGUAGAUUGAAACAAUUGUUGCGAUGGUGGAAUAAACAUGUUUUUAAAAAUAUUUUUGAAAAUAUUAAGGAGGCCGAGGAGAAAGUUUUAACUGCGGAUAACCUUUUUCUUGAGAAUCCUUCCUCUGAGAAUCUGGCUAAUCUUGAUAACAGUAAACUCCUUCUUUUCAAUUUGAAAAACCAGGAAGAAAUAUUUUGGAAACAUAAGGCUACUAACUCUAUUUUGUUGGAAGGUGACAGAAAUACUUUCUUUUUCCAUGCUUUAGUUAACAAAAAUCGUAUUAAAAGCUAUAUUCACAAGCUUGUUGAUGAGCAUGGUGUUGUUUAUGACAAUGUUGAUACCAUUGUUAAUUCGAGAGUGGACUAUUUCUAUAAUAUUUUCAAUGCCAUCAAGCCUGUUUCUUCUAUUGUUAACACUUGA